AUGACGCCUGUGUGUUCGCUGCCGCUGGACUCCUCUCUGCCGUCGCUUGCGGUCCUCGGCGUCUUUUCUGUCGAAAGCCACGGGGACCACGAAUCUAAGCGAAAUAUUAUUCGCGAAACUUGGCUGCCGAGCGUGGCGUCGAGCGGGCAGAUCUCCGCCUUCUUUGUGCUUCGGGGGCAAGGCGCCAAUAGCACGGUCCGCGAGGCGCAGCAGCACCGCGACAUCAUCUUCGUGGACGCGCCUGCGAAGGCGGAUCGCAAGACAGGCCCGCUAUACUCGCUGCUAAAUUGGAUGCGGUGCGCCGUGCAGACGUGGCCGGAGGUGUCGCUGGUCGGCAAGGCGGACGACGACGUAUGGAUCAAUCUCCCCGGGACAGCUGAGCAUCUGCGCGGCUCGCUCGCCCGACUGCAGGACUCGUCACACCUGGCGCCGCCUCGGAUGCUCUGGGGCAUCAUGGAGACGUUUGGCUGGAACACCUCGUCGGGCCGUCCAAAGGGCUUUUCGUACAAGUUCGGGUCGAGCCGGCGACGGCGGUGCCUACGGUACGGCGACGGCGGCGACUACCUCUUCCCUACGCACUUUGCGAAGGGUCCGAUGUACUUUGUGUCGCGCGAGCUGGUCGAGCAGAUUGCAAACAGCAGCGUGGUGCAGGCGGGGAUGGACGCUGCGAUCGGGUCCGCCGCACGCGGACUGCCCUGGGAGGACGUCUUCACCGGCUACUCCCUCUCGGAAGUCGCGCAGGGCCAGAACCUGGCCUUCGUUCACAUGGGCGAGGUGGCCUUCUCCGAGUCGGGCCGCAGCCACUACUCGCACGGCGUGCGGAGCACCAGCCUCGUCUAUCACGACAAAUCGCUCGCGCGCUUGAGGGGGCACCAUGCUUGGAGCACGGCGCACGAGUGCAGGACCGAGGCGAGUCAGAUUCGAAUCGCCUGCGACGACGGCCCGCACGAGCACGGAGGCACAGUUAGGCCGCCGUGA